GGCAUUCCACUACAAUAACGAGAGCUGUUCGCAAUCGUCGUUACAGCGUGCAAAUUGAUAAUUAGACGUUCGGACGCGUAUAUAAUAAUAAUGCGACACGGACACGCGCGCAUGUGCUCCGCGGGAAGAGCUAUUUGGAGGAGAGCCGUAACUUUUUUGGCGCCCGACUGUCGACGGAUUCGUUUUUUCGCCGGCGGCACGCGUUUAGUCUGUGCCGCGAUUACUCCCGUAAACUCGUCUACCGGUCGUCCGCGUGUCCUCUCUCUCACCGGUGCCAAUAUGCCUCCAUGUAAUAUCUUAUCUGUAAUAUUAUAAUUCGUUUUGCGAACACGACUCGUCCGCGUUAUUUAUAGACGGUUUAUCGAUUUGAUUUUUUCGUGUCGGUUUCUACGCGAUUUUGCGUGACACGUACGACUUUUUGGACGGAAUAUGCUUUUGUUUGGCCACUGAAAAGAAAACACACGUUGUCAAAUUGACUUGAAAUAAUUUCAAGGCUAUUAUAGAGAGCUGCAAUGGUGUUCAUAUAAAUUUAUAUCCAUACGAUUAAACUCUACGCACAUUGAUGUUGUUUGUAGAUGGACGUGUUCAAGGCGCAGUGUCGACAAUACAUCUGACAUGAACAAUACGACGAGUGGAUCAUACAUGGUCCAGCUCGACGACACCGCAAACGAGACAGUAGAGGGUUAUUUGCUCCGAACUCGGGGGCCCAAACACCUUUCGCUGAACAUCGUGUUACCAAUCACCAUCAUCUAUGUAUUCAUAUUCGUCACCGGAGUGAUUGGCAAUAUCGCCGUUUGCGUAGUGAUCGUCCGCAACAACUUUAUGCACACGGCCACCAACUACUAUCUAUUUAGCUUAGCCGUAUCCGAUCUCACACUAUUACUCUUAGGACUGCCUAAUGAUCUCAGCGUAUACUGGCAACAGUAUCCAUGGCCUUUGGGUGAAGUUCUUUGUAAAUUUCGUGCUUUAGUUUCAGAAAUGACUUCAUACACGUCAGUGUUGACCAUCGUAGCAUUUUCGAUGGAAAGAUAUCUGGCCAUCUGUCAUCCCCUCCAUUCAUACGCCAUGUCCGGGUUGAAGAGAGCCGUCCGAAUAAUCGCAGUUGUUUGGAUGAUUUCAUUUUUUGCCGCACUGCCGUUCGCCAUGUUCACAACGGUCGACUAUGUGGAUUAUCCACCUGGGUCAGGAGAUCCAUUGUACGAGAGCGCAUUUUGCGCGAUGCUGGAUAAGAACGUUCCGACAGGAGUGCCUGUAUAUGAGUUGAGCUCGCUGCUGUUUUUUCUUGUACCGAUGAUGAUCAUUAUUGUGCUGUAUGUGCUCAUCGGACUCCAGAUCAGACAGAGUUCUAGGCACUCGCUAGGAAAACAAAUGCAAGGAAACGUGCACGGGGAGACCAAACAAAUUCAAUCGAAAAAGUCAAUAGUCAGGAUGCUAGCUGCUGUCGUCAUUGCGUUUUUCCUGUGCUGGGCGCCGUUCCACGCACAGCGGUUGCUCUACCUGUACGCCAAGGACUCGCCGUACUACUUCCAAGCCAACGAACUGCUGUACACGAUCGCCGGUUGCUUCUAUUACUUCUCGUCGACGGUCAACCCGAUACUGUACAACCUGAUGUCGAUGAAGUACAGGAGAGCGUUCCGGGAGACGCUGUGCGGAUACUCGGGGGACCGACGGAACCGCAUGUCCCGGGAACUGCAGUCGAGCUUCCGGGACACGACCGUGCCACUGAACACGACGAUCAGCACCGCCGAGUGCAGUCGCAAGUCAGUGGUGAACCGGUCCACGAGGAACCUGCAACAGUCCGAUCCACCGUACGGCCAUCAUCAUUAUGCGGCUGCGCCGUCGUCCGACGAUUGCAGUGGCGGCCGGCCGCCCGCGACGGCCUCCGACGUGCUGGUGAUGAUCUCUCCGGUCAACGGCAACGCGCAGGGCUACAAAACGUUGCUCAGGGUGACCGUGCAAGGCCCCGACAACAAGACCACCACCACCACGGAACACGGCAACUGCAGCAGCAAGCUGCAGGGCUGCAACGAAGCACAAACCGAACAUCCGCAUUGCGCCGAAAUGGAGACUUGCAUUUAACGCGGGUUUGUGCAGUGAAACCAUAAUAAGAUAUCGUCCGUGUACAGUAUAAUAUUGAUAAAUGUGUGCCGUGAGCGUUUCUCUUUUCGUCUCGUCAAAAACCUUUUGUAUAGGUCAGCGCGCCGCUCGUUUUCUAUUCGUAAGAUAUAUAGUGUUAUUAUACAUUGGAACUUCACCGGGCGUGCUCACCACCGUUUUUUUUUUCGUUUAUAUUAAUCGACUUAUUGAAUAAUUUUUCGACUUAAAAUUAUACUUACUUAUACAAUCACAUUUUCAAUAGUUGUAUACUUAAUGUCAUUUAUAAGGAGUUUCUUACACAUCUGACUAACAUCUAUUUUUCAAAUCACAACCGCCAUUUUUACCGUAAAUUUUUAAAUAGAUAAUUUUUUUUUAAACGUUGAUGUAAAUUUAUCGAAAUUUGACAUAGUUAUUUCCGAAUUCUUAAAAUUUAUAUACCAAGAUUAAAAGUGAAAUAGAUUUCAAAAUAUGGAGACUGCUAAUAUUUUUAUGUAAAUCCACUAGGGAACUCUGUUUCAUUUUAAGUAUUGCGAUUAUUGCGAGGAUUAUUUUAACCAUAGUGAAUAAAAUUCGUUCAAAUUUCGAUCAUGUCGUAUCAAUAUUUAAAAAAUAUUAAUUAGAUAUUUUUGAUACCUGAUAUUGAUUUGAAAACAAAAAUAAAUUGUUAUCGUCGUAGUUCUGACUCUCUGAAUGAUAUAACAUAUCUCAGUAUCUGAAAAUAUGCUUUUUAAGCAUACCUACUUUAAAGAAUUCCAACUAUCAGAAUAUUAAAAUUUUCAAAAGGGUGAGCAUGCUUGGUACAUAACAGUGUACUGGUUGAUUCUUUUAUCGAACAACAUUUUUUCAAACAUUUAAAUGGUAUUUUAAAUAAUAAGUAUUAUUCUAUAAAAGGAUUAACUAGUAUAGUCUACCAUCAUAACGAUGUACACGUAUACAACCAAAAUCACAAAUAUUUUAUUAUAUUAAGUCCAUGAUUAAUAGUUUUAGUGGAAAUUCCCUGUAAUGAAAUAACCCUUAUCCUAGAUAAACAGUAAUCAUUGUUAUUGUUCAAAAUAUAUUCGUAAAACUUCUAUUUUUUUUUCCAAAAAAAAAAAAUAAUAAUAAUAACAAUUUUAAAUAACUAUAAAAAUGUCGUCUCUGAUGCGCAUUUAAGUUCGAUCGUAGUAAUUAUCAAGUACCAACCUGUCUAUGUACUCAUUUUUACGUUAGGUACACAAUAAUAACGUGCACUUAUAAGCCACACUUCGACAUUUCUCUAAUGUUUGUGUAUAAUGUAUAAUAUAGUAAGUACAAUAUUAUUAUUAUUUAUCGUUAUACACUUAUACGAAAUAACUCUAUAACAUUCCAUCCGUUAUUAUAUUAAGUACCUAUAUUAAACUAAUUUCGUAGACAAUAUACUCGUACAUAUAUCAAUAUAAGCUAUAUCUAAUAUUUUCUUAAUUAAUUAAUUUCUCGUGAAACCUAAUUGUCCAAUAUAAUUUAAUGUAUGUUGAUCAAUUCUGAAUAAGAUAAAAAAAUAUAUGUGCACGUGAAAUAUAAUGUUUCAUUUAGCCACUUCAAAAAAAAAACGUCUUUAUUGAAAAACAAAUACAUUAAUGCAUUAGGUACUUUGUUAAUAAAUCAUAAUUACUGUCUAUAUUGAAUUUUGUUUUUGAUGUUUCCAUAAUUCGCCCAUUGAAAAAAUACGUACCUAUAAAUAUACUCAGCACAAACCGCACGUUGAGUCGCAUACUCGUACAAGUAAUAUAUGCUUUUCAUUUUAAACUGUUCUCAAUCAUUUUUUUUCAGUUGUAACAAUAAUUAAGUACCAAAAAUACUUAAGGAUUAUUUCCAACUAUACAGUGUUCUUAAGAAAUAUCAAAAAAAUGCAUUACAGGUUACAAGUUAAAAUUUAAAUCCAACCCCCUAAAACAACACCGAUGCGGAUAGUAUGUAAAAAGUAAUAACACCGUGCCCACCUUAUUUACAAUUGUAUAAUAUUGUAUCAGAAAUCAGAAUAAUCGGUAAGCCAACGUCUUACUAAUAACAUUAAUAUCCAAAUUGUUUUUUAAUAUUUUCAUUUUCAACACAAUAUGUUUGUAGAUUGAAAAAAAUAUUUAUGUAAAUAUAUAACAAUAUCAACUAAAUGUACAGUCGAAUAGUCGUAGGUAGUUGAAUGAUAUGCCUAAGUUGUACGAAAUAUAUUAACUAUAAUAACUACCUACUUUUAAUUAUUUUGAUUUUCUGUAUAUCUGUACACAACGUGUAAUAGAGAGUUCUGAUAAAUGUAGUUAACUAACUAUAUUGUAAUGAAAUUUGUUUCAAUCAAUAUUUUGAAGUUGAUUUUAUAUACUUGAUUAUUAUAAUAAUGGAAUUUAAAAAAAAAAGGAUGUAUUGAUUAUAAUAAAAAUUAUUUUAUUUAUCAGUUCUUUCUGCACUCGUUGUAUAUAAAUAUAACAUAUACACAUAUACUGUUUAUGUGUAAUAGAAUAAAUGUACAUAGGGGUUUAAAUUUAAAAAAAAAAAUUUUCCUUCGAGUUGUUUUUCAAACCACACAAAUCUUAAAUCAUAAAUGAUUAUAUCCGAAGUUAUGUUAAAAUAAAUCAACAAUCAUAUUUCUCUUUUCUCUUACUCAUUAUCUCUCUCUCCAAUUAUUAUUUCUUUGUACUUUGUACUUUGUAGUCACCAGUUAACUGAACAAUAAAAUACAUUUUAUAUAAUUAAAUAAAUCGUACAAAAUCUACAAGCUGUAAUAAAUUAACUUACAUUACAUGAUUGAAAUAACUAUUAUAAUAAUUCGUUUAUCGGUUAAUAUAUUUAAAAAAUAUAUAUUUAAGUUAAUUUUAAAAUUUAAAUUUAUUUAUUUUUUGUUGUAUACGCAGAGUAAUUUAUCAAGCAUUUUAUACGUACUCAUCAUAUGCGAGAUCAGAUAAGCUAGUGUUUAUAAUGAAAUGCAAAAGGAAAAGAAAGCUAUGGGUCUGGUUUAAAACGUCAUAAACAGAAUUAUUCACCAACUAAACUCACCCAAAGGCUAUCCUUUAGUAAUGCAUUAAUUCAAAUUAUAUAUUUUUUUUUUUAAUUUUGAAGUAUACUUAUAGACCAUAUUUUUUAAGAACUUAGAUUUUUUUAUGUCAUUUAGAGAUUAUGGCGAUACAAACAAAAAACACCCUUUUUAUGGUAAAUUAUUAAGAAGAUAUUUUUUUUUUUUUAUGUACCUAAACUUAAAUUUAAAUAAGUAGUUUUUGAGUUAUUUUAUUAUAUAUCAUAAAAAUAAUACUCUUUAUUUUUAAUGACUUAAUAAUUGUAAUAAGAAAAAUAUAAAAACAGAUAUAAUAUUUCGUCUAAGAUUCUCAUUAAUUGCUACUUAUUAUACUCGAACAAUUUUUAAAAAUUAUAAAAUCGUAAUUAAUUUAUUUUAAUUACUAUACUUUCUAUCAUCACAGUUCCCAUAUUCUCUAAGCCUAUAAUCUUUAUUUGUAUUUAGUUUAACAACUUAGAAAGUACUGGUUCAAAUUUUGAUUUAUACACAUCAACAUGUUCUAACAAAAAAAUCAUCUAUUUAUAACAAUUAACAAUAAAAUGGGUUGUUAACUUUAAAAAAAUAAAGUUUUAAAACCACGGUCUUUGCACCUUGAUUGUUUAAAAAUACGGUACCUACUUGAAAAUUCCAAAAAUUAGUAUUUUAAUAAAUAGUACAUUAGUACAAUAUUAUUGUUAUAAUUAUUGUUAUAUAAUAUUGUUGAUUGUUAUAUUAAUCUAUUAGUCAUCUAAACUCAGUUGUAUUGAAAAUUAAUUUUCGUUCUGACAUAUCAUAGUAUGUUCUUAUGUUAAGAAUCUUAGUUCUUCGAAUAUAUAAAUUCGUCAUAUGAAUAUAACUUAUCUAACGUUUUUUGACUUGAACGCAUAAUGAACAUUCCAUACUAUCUCACGUCUCGUCAAUCCAAUAAAAAGUUAAGUCACCACGCACACAAUAUAUACUAUAAAGGCUGAAAAUCUAUGGUCUUCUAUAUUUGCACGAUCACACAAAGCACAUGUAUACUAUAUCAUAUGUGAUGUUUAUAUACGAAAAAUAAAUUUAAAUACACCACAGAUAAAAUCUAUAAAAUGCAUAUUAUAAUAUGCAACUGUCGGGCUGUUUAAUAAUGUAUUUGUCUACAAUGCAUAAAAAUAAAUAUUUCUGCGUUAAAAUGUUCUAUAGGACGCAUCCGACAUGAACACACAUUAUAAAUCAUAUUCGGAAUUUUAUUAUAUUUCACAAAUAUUUUCAAUAAAAAAUAAAGAUAUAAUAUUAUACAUAUACCUACCAUAACGCAACGUUAUGUACAAUGGUUUGCAUUACAUUAAAGAGGAAUUUCAAUUUAAAAAUGUAUCGUCAAUAAUGGGCAAUUAUGUACAAUUAUAUUUUAUAUACAUACUGUGUGAAUAAUAUUUAUUUUUUUUUUUACCGUUGUUUAAAUCUUCAUUAAAGCACGUACCAAUUACGACACGUCAUUUAAUAUAUUUAUACAAUAUUAAACGAAAUUAUUAAUGUUAUCUAAACAUAUUGUGUAAAAAUCUAUUAAUUUUUUUACAAUACUGAAUGCAUAUAUAGAUAUGUAAUCGAUUCAUUAAAUGUUGUGUAUAAAUAAUUGUAUACUUUAUUUAUGUAAUAAUCUUUAAUGUAUAUUUAUUAAUAUAAAAAAUUAUAGUCGA